AUGUCCCACCUUACGUUCAUGGUUUCUCAACUGAAGUCUACAAAGUUCAUCUCAGUUCGGGCAUUGAAACCCCCAACAUUUUCGGACUCCGGGUCACGUGACUAUGGGGUGCUCGUAGCAGAAUCAUUUACCGAUGGUGAUGCCUAUGUCAAAGCAUUCAACAACAACAACUUAUGGCGUCGUUCUCUCGCCGAGACCGAUCCGGAUCUCUUCGAAUCCCUAGGCAAGGGCCAAUUCCCUCAGAUCCUCUGGAUCGGCUGUGCCGACUCUCGUUGCCCUGAGACCACCAUUCUGGGCCUGAAGCCCGGUGAGAUCUUCUGCCACCGUAACAUCGCCAACAUCCUUGUCAGCAGCGACAUCAAUUCGCUGUCGGUCAUCCAGUACGCCGUUCAGUACCUCAAAGUCAAACACAUCAUUGUCUGCGGCCACACUUCGUGCGGUGGUAUUGCUGCCGCCCUUGGCAAUAAGAAGCUUGGCCUCAUCGACACCUGGCUCAUGCCCCUACGAGCCAUCAGACAGGAAAAUCUGACUCUGCUGGAUAGCCUCAAUGAGACGGAAAAGGGUCUGAAAAUGGUCGAGUUGAACGUCCGUGCCAGCGUCAAGGUUCUGCUCGCAAACCCUAUUGUUAUCGACGCCAUGAGCGAGCGUGGUCUGGAGGUCCACGGUUUGAUCUACAACGUCGGCACCGGCGAAUUGAGAGAGCUGGACAUCGAGGAGGAUGAGCAAGUUGUCAAGAGCCGGGUCACCGCUUUCAAGACUGAGGAUUAG